UCAACAGUAUGUGUAUCUCAGCGGUGAGUGUGGUGCUGUUACUCUUCAUUUUGUGGAUGCUUGUGGUCCAGCUCUGUAGACAAACUGUCAGGCAAAGUGAUGGAGAUGCCAAAGCAAGCAAGCAACCAGAAGCGGCUGUACCCAAAGUCCUGCGUUCCCUCUCUAAGCACUUCUGUGGCACUCUUUCUCCCUCUCUUCCUGGUCCUCCCUCUCUACCUUUGCUGGGCAACAUGUUUGAUCUUGCCCAAGAACAUCUACCCAUCCACCUGACUUCACUGGCACUUCGCUAUGGAAAUAUCUAUCGGCUCAACUAUGGCAACACAACUAUGGUAAUAUUAAAUAAUAGUGAGAUCAUCCGCGAGACUCUGGUUAAAAAAUGGUCUGACUUUGCUGGGAGGCCUCAUUCAUAUACCGGUGAUAUAGUGUCAAGCGGAGGGCGAAGCAUUUCUCUGGGUGAUUUCAGUGAGGAAUGGAAGGCUCACAGGCGUCUGGCCCAUAGUGCUCUGCACCGCUGCACAACGGAUUCCCUGCACCCUGUCAUAGAAAAUCAAGCACACCAUCUCUGCAAGGUGUUGCGGGACUACAAUGGAAAAGCAGUGGAUUUAUCCAAAGAUUUCACUGUGGCUGCGAGUAAUGUCAUAACAACACUAACCUUUGGCAAAAGUUAUGAUAAGAGUUCAGUAGAACCGCAGAAGCUGCAGGACUGUCUGAAUGAGAUCGUGUCUCUCUGGGGUUCACCUUGGAUCUCAGCGCUGGACUCCUUCCCUCUGCUCAGGAAAUUACCCAACCCUCCAUUCACUCGCCUCAUGAAGGAGCUAGCCAGACGCGAUGAGCUGAUAGGAAAACUCAUUGAGGAGCUCAAGAAAAGUGACCAUAGAGAAGGUGGCACAGUGACUUCCUCACUUCUGCAGAGCUUUAAACCACCACAAGGGGGAGAUCAGAUGACUCUGACAGACACUCAUGUGCACAUGACCACAGUGGAUCUGCUGAUUGGAGGGACAGAAACUACUUCUGCCUUGCUCAACUGGACUGUGGCCUUCCUUUUACACAGACCUGAGGUUCAGAAUAAAGUGUACGAGGAGCUGUGUGGUGUGCUGGAUGUGCGAUACCCUAAGUACAGUGACCGACACAGACUGCCGUAUUUGUGUGCUCUGAUCAACGAGAUGUUAAGACUUCGACCUGUAGCUCCCCUCGCCGUGCCUCACAGAGCCAUACGAAACAGCAGUAUUGCAGGCCAUUUCAUCCCCAAGAAUACAAUAAUCAUUCCUAAUCUGUAUGGUGCCCACCAUGAUCCAAAGGUCUGGGAUGAUCCAUACAGCUUCAAACCAGAACGCUUUUUGGAAGGUGGUGGCGGGUCCCUUCGUGCCCUGAUUCCUUUUGGAGGAGGGGCCCGACUGUGUCUGGGAGAGGCAGUAGCCAAAAUGGAGCUGUUUCUUUUUACUGCCUAUCUGCUGCGAGACUUUCAGUUCCUGCCUGCCAGAAAUGAGGAGCCUCUGCCUGACCUGCAAGGUGUCGCCAGUGUGGUUCUUAAAGUCAAACCAUACACAGUUAUAGCAAACCCAAGAGAACAGUAACUGAUUAUGUUAAAUGUUAAAUGCCUGAAAUAAGGUCCGUGGUUAACACAAGCUCAAGAUAUUUCACAUUUUAUUCUACAUCACAAAGUACAUUAGUAAUACCCUACUCAUGAUUUUGUUAAGCUUUUAUGUGUCUUGUAAAAGGUGGUUGCUAACAAGUGGCUAAAUGGGACUACAUAGGUUUUCAGGGACAUUAAACGGCAUCACGCCAAACUAGAAAACUCAUCAAAUCUCUUGUCCACUUUUAAAGCCUUAUUGUGUUUAUUGCAUUGCAAUUCGAACUCAAACUUUCCAACUUGUAGAUAUUAAAUAAAGAUUGCAAGAGCUGUCAGAAAAUUAAGAGUGGUGAUGCUGAAGCCAUGUGACCUUAGUGUAGUUCUUUUAUAGCCUAAUUUUAGCUUUUUACUUCUGGCGAUUGCAUUUAGGCUUCAAAAUUCAUAAAAGCUGUGUUCAUUUGUAUCUUGAACAAAAUGUGUAGGAAUCAUACACUUCUAUUGGUCACAGACCGUAUUUUCUAACUAUCCAAAAGACAUUAGAAACAUCCUAGCAAUGCUAGCUUUUUGUCGAGGGAACCAGGGUGAUGCAAUCUUCCAGGUUAUUGGCCUGUAAAAAAAAAAAAAAAAAAGUCAUCCAUGCACUACUCUUUAUAAAUUGUUUUAUAAUUUAAGUUAUAAACACCCUGUAUUUAUUCGUAUGUGUUUUAGGUCCCACAUCACACAAUUUUUACAACAGUUCAUUGGUUUUGUAAGAUUUUGUCAUUAUUGUCUGUAAGCAAGGUGAUGAGUUAGGCCUAUAUGCAAUUUUUAGUAAGUAAUAAUUAUUUUUAUAGCACCUUUCAAGAGUAGGUGUUACAAAGUGCUUUACAACAAAAAUGUAAAAUGAAGAAUAUAAAUAUACAUGACCAUUUAAAAAAAUAAAUAA